AUUUGGCGAAAGAUAUUAAAUUCUGAAGGCUUAUAUAGAGAAGAGAAGAGCUUCCUUCGAAGGAUCUUCAUAUCAUUUCAUCAUCUCUUCGUCUUUCUCUGAUUCUUCAAUCUCUCUCCCCAAACCCUAAAUCGUCGUUCUCAGCAAAUCUCUUACGACUCUUUCUUCCGACGACUCUUUCAAGAUGCAAAUUUUCGUGAAAACACUCACUGGCAAGACCAUUACUCUCGAGGUUGAGAGCUCUGACACCAUCGACAAUGUCAAGGCAAAGAUCCAGGACAAGGAAGGCAUUCCUCCGGACCAGCAGAGAUUGAUCUUCGCCGGUAAACAGCUUGAAGAUGGCCGUACCUUGGCUGAUUACAACAUUCAGAAGGAGUCGACCCUCCACUUGGUUCUUCGUUUGAGAGGUGGUAUGCAGAUCUUUGUCAAGACUCUUACCGGCAAGACUAUUACUUUGGAGGUUGAGAGCUCUGACACUAUUGACAACGUCAAGGCUAAGAUCCAGGAUAAGGAAGGAAUCCCUCCGGAUCAGCAGAGGCUUAUCUUUGCCGGCAAGCAGCUUGAAGACGGGAGGACUCUUGCUGAUUACAACAUCCAAAAGGAGUCGACCCUUCACCUUGUCCUUCGUCUUCGUGGUGGUAUGCAAAUCUUUGUCAAGACUUUGACUGGCAAAACCAUCACCCUCGAGGUUGAGAGCUCAGACACAAUUGACAAUGUCAAAGCCAAGAUUCAGGACAAGGAAGGGAUCCCACCAGACCAGCAGAGACUCAUCUUUGCUGGGAAGCAGCUCGAAGAUGGACGCACCCUAGCGGAUUACAACAUCCAAAAGGAGUCCACCCUUCACCUUGUGCUUCGUCUACGUGGUGGUAUGCAGAUCUUUGUGAAGACCCUUACCGGCAAGACCAUAACUUUGGAGGUGGAGAGCUCAGAUACCAUUGAUAACGUCAAGGCUAAGAUUCAGGACAAGGAAGGGAUCCCCCCGGAUCAGCAGAGACUCAUCUUCGCUGGGAAGCAGCUUGAGGAUGGUCGCACACUUGCAGAUUACAAUAUCCAAAAGGAGUCCACACUUCACCUUGUUUUGCGUCUACGUGGUGGUAUGCAAAUAUUUGUGAAGACCUUGACAGGCAAGACUAUUACCUUGGAGGUUGAGAGCUCAGACACAAUUGAUAAUGUCAAGGCUAAGAUUCAGGACAAGGAAGGGAUCCCUCCGGAUCAGCAGAGACUCAUUUUCGCUGGGAAGCAGCUCGAGGAUGGUCGCACACUCGCAGAUUACAACAUCCAAAAGGAGUCGACCCUUCACCUUGUGCUUCGUCUCCGUGGUGGUAUGCAGAUCUUUGUCAAGACUUUGACUGGCAAAACCAUCACCCUCGAGGUUGAGAGCUCAGACACCAUUGACAAUGUCAAAGCCAAGAUCCAAGACAAGGAGGGAAUUCCCCCGGAUCAGCAGAGACUCAUCUUCGCUGGAAAGCAGCUCGAGGAUGGUCGCACACUUGCAGAUUACAAUAUCCAGAAGGAAUCAACUCUUCACUUGGUUCUUCGUCUUCGUGGUGGAAGCUUCUAAGCUUCUGUGAUCUGAUUAAAAGUGGUGGUUCGAGUCCCAUGCACUUGGGAGGUGAUCCUCUUCACUUGGUUUAGUUUGUGUGUUGUUCCUUGUUUCAUAUUUUUCUGCUUUUCUUUUAUUUUCGUAUGAACCUUUUGGUUGGGCUCGUAAGGGGCCUUUGUGUUUCAACUUUCAGUAAAAAUAAUCCAAGUGCAUGUUAAUCAUCUG